AUGACAACAAUGAAAGAAGAAGAGAAAAUCACUCAACCUUUCAGCCCAGACGUCCUGCCCCCCAACAAGGUGAUCUGCAUCAGACUUUGUGGACACAAUUUGAAGAUUGCUAUAACAUUUGACUCGUCACAAGGUGUGUCCGGGAUCAUCUGGAAUGCUGGUGUUGUUCUGUGCAACUACUUUGAAAAAGAAGCUAUACGUUUCUCAGGGAAGAAAGUGAUUGAAUUGGGCUCAGGCACUGGACUUGUGGGAAUAUUAGCAGCACUGCUCGGUGGUGAAGUAACUCUGACUGACCAAGCAUAUGCUCUCCCACAAAUCGAGGUCAAUGUUGCUGCGAACAUCCCUCCUUCCGAUGUGCGUCGUUCAACUAUCAGCGCCCUUUCCUGGGGCCAAGACCAAAACAGUUUUCCUGCGGACUACGAUAUCAUAUUAGGUUCCGAACUGGUGUUUCACCCGAGCUCCUAUAUCCCUCUUUUACAGACACUACUGCAUCUCAGCCACAAAGAAACUGUUAUCUAUCUCUGUUCCGCAAUGAAUCCCUAUACCAUGUCCUCCAGCUUUUACCACGACACGCUACCUCCCUAUUUUAACUGCCAACUCGUUUACCGUGAUGAAAUUCCAUCAUUCAUCACCAGCCAAUUGCACGAGGUGGAAAGAGUGACAGAUUCUAAAAGAGACCACCUGUCUUGUGAUUAUUUUAAUUGA